UUAGCUUAACUCAAGAGAAUCAGACACCUUCCUUCCUCGUGUUGCUCGCAUAUUUGGACACUCUGUACUCCAAGCUGUUUUAACAAAGGAAAAAAGAAGGCAGUCAAAUGGCCACUACUGCUUCUCCAAUGGCCAGCCAGCUCAAAAGCAGCCUUGCCUCAUCUCUAGGAAGGAGGCUUGUCAUCCCCAGAGGCAUUUCUGGAGCUCCAUUUAGAGUUUCGCCCAACAAGAGAAGCUUCACUGUCAAAGCCGUUCAAGCAGACAAGCCAAAUUACCAAGUGAUUCAACCAAUCAAUGGCGAUCCCUUCAUUGGAAGUCUUGAGACUCCCGUUACAUCAAGCCCGCUGAUUGCAUGGUACCUGUCCAACCUGCCCGCCUACAGGACAGCAGUCAGUCCACUUCUCCGCGGAAUCGAGGUGGGGCUGGCCCAUGGCUUCCUCCUCGUAGGUCCAUUUGUCAAGGCUGGUCCACUGAGGAACACAGAGUAUGCAGGUGCUGCUGGAUCUUUGGCUGCAGGUGGUCUGAUCGUAAUCCUAAGCAUUUGCUUGACCAUGUAUGGAGCUGCAUCCUUCGCUGAAGGAGAGCCAUCUAUUGCCCCAAGUCUAACCUUGACUGGAAGGAAGAAGGUGCCUGACCAGUUGCAAACUGCAGAUGGCUGGGCCAAGUUCACUGGAGGAUUCUUCUUUGGCGGGAUUUCUGGUGUCACUUGGGCAUUUUUCCUUCUCUAUGUCAUUAACCUUCCUUACUAUGUUAAGUAGAGAAAAUCUACAUUUUCCUUUGUUUGUUGCAACUCUCUCUGUCAAUGUAUAUUUACUUAUUUGGGAUAGUCAUUUGCAAAUGGAAACUGCAAUAUGUUUGUCUCGGUGAACAUCAAUGUAUGAUCAAGAAAUUGGAAUUGUUUGCU